AUGGCGGGCAGCAAUCGAGAUAUCCAAAUUAUUGCCAAAAAGCAGGCCAGAAGUCCUGAAGAUGAAAGAGCGAUUGCGCACACCCUGCUCAUAGAGCUCCUAUCAUAUCAGCUUUCACUCCCCGUUCGAUGGAUCGAAACGCAGAAACUCUUGUUCGAUGCUCCUGAAUCUGUCAAAAAAUAUGUCGAAAUUGGUGCCAAAACAACCCUGGCUACUAUGGUCAAACGCAUGGCAGAUCGACAACCGGUUACAGAGAAAUUAUACAAGUCUAUGGAGUUCUACUCUUACAGUGAUCAGAAAGCGGAUUUAUUUUACGAGUAUAGCCCAGAUGCAGAGAUACAACCUCAACCGUCAAAACUACCAGAGGCCCAACAACCUACAUCAAAACUUACUGCUGCUGCCCCUAACACAAAUACCGCUGCCCCUACAACCUCUGUUUCUGUCAAGCCUCCCAUCACACAACCGAGCAGCUCGUCGUCUCCCAGAAAACCAUCCGAAGCAAUUCCAAACCUUUCGCCUACUUAUAUUGUCAUAGCACUGACCGCUCAAAAAGUCAAGAAGACCUUUGAUGUCUUACCGACACAGAAAUCUAUACAAGAACUGUCUGGCGGUAAAUCAACCCUUCAAAAUGAAUUAAUGGGCGACCUAGGCGUGGAAUUCACUUCUGUCCCUAGUGGGGGUGAAUACAUGCCGUUAGAAACUCUCGGUGAAGCUCUUCAGCAAGGCUUCAAUGGGAAGCCAGGAAAACAAAUGUCGACACUCAUAUCAAAGUUUAUAUCGAGAAAGAUGCCAGGCGGUUUCAAUCAAGCGAUGAUGCAGAACCAUGUUGAGACUCUCUGGGGUUUCAGCAAGGAGAACUCAAUCAUACCUGUGUGCUUUUCAAUUACUAUGGAGCCUUCAACUCGUCUUGAAAAUGCGGAUGACGCCAAACAGUUUCUUGAUGAUGUUGUGAAUCGAUUUGCAUCAUUCGCGGGAAUUUCGCUAUCUCCUCAGUCAUCCGGUGAUGGCAGUGCAUCCGGUCAAUCAGCUGUUAUGGUCGAUUCUACUGCUUUGGACAGCCUACGACAAGACCAACGAGACUAUCAAAUGAAACAAUACAGACUUCUUGCAAAGCAACUGCAAAUUGAGGGCCAAGCUAGCGAGGAGCUGGAAAACUUGAUAUCUUCAACAAAAGCCAUGGAGGACAAACUUAGCCGGUGGGCCACCGAGUUUGACGAUAAUUUCUUCGACGGCAUCGGAUCCCUUUUUGAUCCCAGGAAAACCAGGCAAUACGACUCCUCAUGGAAUUGGGUCCGAGAAGAGACUGUUCGCUUGCUCAACCAGCUUGCGCUUGGUCAAAUAGACUAUCAUGACCAGGCCCUCUUGCAGAUCACCCAGAAAUGGGAUAUCAGCUGUGUGGAAAUUGCAAAAGACUUUCUUCAAGGUAUGGAGAAGGCGAAUCCGGAACUCCCACUCAAGUUGAAAGGAUAUAUGCGGAUUGAUUCAUCUAUCCUGGGCGUACAACCUGUUUACCGAUAUUCUGGAAGAACCAUGAUGCCUCUAACUUACGUUUCCACUACCACCGGUAAUAUCGAAUACAAAGAACUGCCACGAGAAAUAACUGAAUAUGUCUCAUUUUUGAAGCGUGGUCGAACUAAUGUGCAUGGAGAGGUUGUCCCUUAUGUGCAUCUCAAAAAACGACAACCAGCGAACGGAGAAUUCAGAUAUGACACAGUGUCAACUAAGGCGCUCAUGGAAACGUUGGAGUUGGGAACCAGAUCUGGCAUUACAUAUGUCACUAAGUCGUUCCUAGUAACAGGUGCAGGACCAAAGUCCAUUGGAGCCGGUGUGGUUGAAGGGCUGCUGAGUGGUGGUGCAAAAGUCAUUGUUACAACCAGCCGCGAUAUUUCAAAAUCGGCAGACUUCUUCGCCAACAUGUACCGAAAGCAUGGAGCCCAGGGUUCGUCUUUAACUGUGAUACCGUUCAACCAAGGUAGCAGGAAGGAUUGUGAAGAAUUAAUCGAGUACAUAUAUGGGGCUGAUUCACCUGUCGGAGGCGAUAUUGACUACAUUGUGCCCUUUGGCGCGAUCCCAGAGAAAGACGAUAUUAGCAACCUGGAGAGCACGACCGAACUUGCACAUCGUGCAAUGCUUACAAACAUUAUGCGAAUUAUUGGUUUGAUCUAUAAGAAUAAAAGGGACCGCCGCAUCGAUUCUAGACCAACAAAUGUCGUUAUCCCUUUGUCCUUUAAUCAGGGUGGCUUCGGAGGUGACGGACUUUAUCCGGAAUCUAAGCUCGGUCUGGAGACUCUAUUCAAUCGUUUUUACUCUGGAAACUGGCAGAAAUACCUCACAAUUACUGGUGCAGUAAUCGGUUGGGUACGGGAAACAAGUCUUUCUCAGGCUCUAAGUCUAGUCGGCUAUGCAAUUGAGCAGAUACCAGAUCUCAAUGUCUGUACAUUUUCCAGAGCUGAGAUGGCGUUCAAUAUCUUGACUUUGAUGACACCUGCAGUUACAGAACUGGCAGAAGAUCAUCCAGUAUACGCUGAUUUGACUGGUGGUGCCAAGGAAAUAACAAAUAUCAAGGACAUCAUGUCAGAGUCGAGGGCCAAGUUUACAAGCCAGAGUAACAUUCGACGAGCACUUUUAGCGGAGAAAUCUAGAGAGCUGAAUGUCCUAGCUGGUGGUGAAACGUCUGCCAAACAAAACUCUACCACCGUGCCCCAGACUCGACGUGCAAAUUUGAAUCUUCGGUUUCCUCAAUUGCCUGGUCAUGCGGAUCUAACAGCAGAUAUCGCCAGCCUAGAAGGGAUGAUCGAUCUGUCACGAACAGCGGUGGUGGUCGGAUAUUCCGAACUUGGUCCAUGGGGUAACGCCCGCACACGAUGGGACGUCGAACAUCUAGGUGACUUCACUCUGGAAACCUACGUGGAAAUGGCAUGGAUCCUAGGCUUGGUAAAACAUCAUGAAGGUGAAGUCAAUGGGCAGGUGUAUGUAGGCUGGGUUGACGCGAAGACCAAAGAGCCUGUUCGUGAAGAUAACUUCAAACAAUUAUACGGGGAGCAUAUCAAGAAGCACUCCGGUAUUCGGUUCAUUGAACCUGAAUUACUAGGAGGAUAUGACCCAGCCAAGAAGGAGUUCUUACAAGAGAUAGUGGUUGAGGAAGAUCUCCCGUCCUUUGCAACAUCCAAAGCCAGUGCAGACGCGUUCAAGCUUCGCUUGGGAAAUAAAGUCUCAAUUGAGCCUGUAUCUGGAUCGGAUGAAUGGCGAGUGACAGUACGUCAAGGCGCUCAUUUCAUGUUGCCGAAGUCGGUGCCUUUCGAUAGAGCAGUUGCGGGCCUUCUGCCAAGUGGAUGGGAUCCUAUCCGGUAUGGCAUUCCAGAGGAUAUUGUACAACAGGUCGACCCCGUCACCCUGUAUACACUUUGUUGUGUUUCUGAAGCGCUUUUAUCUGCUGGUAUCAGAGACCCUUACGAGUUCUACAACCAUAUUCAUGUAUCCGAGUUGGCCAAUUGUAUCGGUACCGGAGCCGGUGCCAUGUUGGCUGGUCGUGGGCUAUACAGAGAUCGAUUCCUUGACAGACCAGUCCAAAGUGACAUAUUGUCAGAAUCUUUUUUGAACACCACAGCUGCCUGGGUCAACAUGUUACUCUUUUCUGCAUCAGGACCGAUUAAGACACCGGUUGGUGCCUGCGCAACUGCAAUUGAGUCAUUGGAAAUGGGCUGCGAAGCGAUCAAAACUGGUAAAUCCAAAGUCGCGAUUGUGGGCGGAUACGACGACUUUCAGGAAGAAGCAUCUUAUGAGUUUGCCAUGAUGAAAGCAACAGUCAGUAGUGAGGAAGAGCUGGCGAAGGGCCGCCGACCAGAAGAGAUGUCCAGGCCGAGUACUAGCACUCGCAGUGGCUUUGUCGAGUCCGCGGGUUGUGGUGUGCAAAUUGUCACGAAUGCAGAACUUGCAAUCAAGAUGGGGAUUCCUAUUUAUGCCGUCGUUGCUUACUCACAAAUUGCAGCCGACCAGAAUGGACGCUCCAUUCCUGCUCCUGGUCAAGGUAUUCUAACAGCCGCCCGCGAAAGGACUGAUCGUCAUGACUCCAAACUACUCGAUUUGGCGUACCGACGAAAGCUCUUUGACGAAGAUAUUGCCACCAUCGACAAGUGGUGGCAGGAAAAGAGCCAAACCCCGGGUAUAUCAGAGUCUGACUUGAACGAAAUCCAGGCUGCGGCGCGCAGCAAGAUCAAACAGUCGCAAUACAUGUGGGGUAAUGAGAUUAGAUCACAAGAUCCUCUCAUCUCACCUAUGCGAGCAGCUUUAGCGACUUGGGGAUUGACAGUUGACGAUAUCCAGGCAGCAUCUAUGCAUGGCACUUCAACCAAGGCCAACGACACGAACGAAGCACAAGUCAUUAACGAACAGAUGAAGCAUUUGGGCCGUCGUCCGGGCAAUCCUUUACUUGCAGUUUGCCAGAAAUCGCUCACGGGACAUCCCAAGGGUGCAGCUGGCGCAUGGCAAAUGAACGGUUGCAUACAGAUGCUACAGAACAGCAUUGUACCUGGGAACCGAAAUGCCGACAACAUUGAGAUCAAACUCAAACAGAACAAAUACAUUGUUUAUGCGAAGGAGGCCAUUCGAGUCCGAGAGGUAAAAGCCACGAUGCUAACUUCAUUUGGAUUUGGUCAAAAGGGAGGCCUUGUUGUCGCCGUUGCUCCCAAGUUUCUCUAUUCUGCCGUCGCAGCUGAUACUUAUGAAGAGUAUCGUCUCAAAGUCAAAGAGAGACAGCGUACAGCUGACAUUGCUUUUAUCUCUGGUGUUAUUGGAAACUCCUUGGUCAAGCUAAAAGAUCACGCACCGUGGGGGAAGUCAGAUGAGACGAUGCGUAAAGUGUUCCUUGAUCCGGCUUCUACUCAGUUUUAG